CAGCGCUGGCUUGUCUUGUUGUGACCGGUUUUCAAAGGUUUUGGCUGCUUUCGGUUUUCGGUGGUUCACGUGCGGUGGUUGAAGUUGAAGUCAUUCUCGGUACAGGUGCACUCGAAAGUUUUCGAUAUUUAAAUUGGGUGCAAAGCGCACUAAGAAUGGCGUCGAAAGCGAUUGAUGGAGCUAAAGUACUUGUGGAGGCACUCCGUAAACAAGGAGUGCAGUUCAUCUUUGGAGUGGUGGGUGUUCCAGUGUUUGAAGUAGCACUUGCGGCUCAGCAGGCUGGCAUAAAGUUUAUUGGAAUGAGGAAUGAACAAGCGGCAUGCUAUGCAGCGGGUGCCAUGGGAUACCUUACAAAGAGACCUGGUGUGUGCCUCGUUGUAUCCGGUCCAGGCCUGAUCCAUGCAUUGGGUGGAUUAGCAAAUGCACAGCUAAAUGGAUGGCCUCUCUUGCUCGUAGGUGGCUCUUGUGACCAGGGUGUCGAAGGUCUGGGUGCCUUCCAGGAAUUUCCUCAGGUGCAGGCAUGCCGCAACUACACCAAAUAUGCGUGUCGUCCCAGUUCAAUUGGACUCAUCCCUAUGCAUGUGGAGAAGGCAGUACGCACAAGCUUGUAUGGACGUCCAGGGGCUACCUACCUUGACCUUCCAGGAGACAUGAUUACGGGAAAGGUUCCCGCAGAGAGCGUGAGGGAUGCACCCCUGUGUCCAGAUCCUCCAAAAGUCUUUGCAGACCAACGCCUUGUCACUGAAGCUGUGCAGCUUUUGAAGACUGCUCAGAAGCCUUUAGUCAUUGUUGGAAAAGGAGCUGCAUAUGGACGAGCAGAACGAAGCGUGCGAACAUUCCUGGAGCACACUGGUCUUCCCUUCUUGCCCACUCCCAUGGGAAAAGGGUUACUUCCGGAUGACCAUCCUCAGUGCAUUGCCCCUGCUCGAUCAAAGGCAUUGCAAGAUGCAGAUGUUAUCUUGCUGCUCGGAGCACGCCUUAAUUGGAUGUUACAUUUUGGUCAGCCUCCAAGGUUUAACCCCAACGUUAACAUUAUCCAGGUGGAGCUUCUCCAGGAAGAGUUGCAUAGCAGUGUUCAGUCCAAGGUUGCCCUCGCAGGGGAUGUGGAUGCUGUAGCUCAGCAGCUUACAAUGGAGCAUGAGAAAUCACCUUGGCGGUAUCCUGAGGACACACCAUGGUGGAAGAUGCUCAAACAGAAAAUGUCGGCUAAUGCUAAGGCUGUGCAGGAACUGUCAGCUUCGAAUGCUAUUCCCAUGAAUUACCAUGUAGCCUACAAGCAGAUAGUUGACUUGACUCCAAAAGAUUGCAUCAUAGUAAAUGAAGGUGCAAACACCAUGGACAUCGGGAGGACAAUGCUGCCAAAUUACCUCCCAAGGCACAGGCUAGAUGCUGGCACAUUUGGCACAAUGGGAGUUGGAGUCGGAUUUGCUAUAGCAGCUGCACUCUGGUGUCAGGAACAUGCUCCGGGGAAGAGGGUGCUGUGCAUUCAAGGUGACUCUGCUUUUGGUUUUUCUGCCAUGGAGAUGGAGACAGUGGCAAGGUACAAGCUUCCCAUCAUCGUAAUUGUCUUCAAUAAUGACGGUAUUUACAAUGGCUUUGGAAAGGAGACCUGGCAGUCACUCUUAGAGUGUGGAGAACAUCUUGGCCUUGUGUUACCCCCAAAUGCCCUUCAACCAGGAUGUCGUUAUGACCGCAUGGCAGGCAUGUAUGGUGGACGAGGAUUCAAUGCUGAAACACCAGCAGAGCUACGCGAGGCUGUCAUGGAAGGCCUCAAGAGCACAGAUGGCCCUACUAUAAUCAAUGUUGUUAUAGAUGGCAUGGCACAACGCAAGCCACAGGAUUUCGAAUGGUUGACCAAAUCCAAGAUCUAAAUGAAGGUGGACAUGUUUCUAUGCUACUUCGAUGUGUAUUGAUUAUUGCAAAAUAUAUUCAUAUUUUUA